CUGUCGCUGGUCCAAUCAAAGUAGAAAUAGCUUCUUGAUUUCCGAAAGACUAAUGGGAAGUCUUCCUUGAACAUCAUGAGCAUCUCAAAAUCACUUCUCAAAAAACUCGCUCUCCCUGCCUUCGCCUGCGCACCAAAGAAAACAUUUUUAUCUCUUGAAAACACCAUCAAAUUGCUGAAGAUCUCAGCUGAUGAUAGAAACUUAAAACUCGGUAAAAUCAUCCACACCCAGUUGAUUAUAUCUAAUCAACGUAAAGAACUGAACUUGACCGAAACUAAUUGUCUUAUCAAUUUUUAUGCCAAAUGUGGUGAGGUUUCAGUAGCGCGUAAGUUGUUCGAUCAAAUGCCUGAAAGAAAUGUAGUUUCUUUUAAUGCUUUGAUGACUGGUUAUUUGCAUAAACAACUUCCUUUAGAGGUUUUGGAAUUGUUUAAAAGCAUGGAUACAUGGGAGUUACAACCGAAUGAAUAUAUUUUUGCUACAGUUCUUGCGUCGUGUUCUGAUGUUAGAGCAUUGGAUGAAGGUAAACAAUGUCAUGGUCACGUUUUGAAAUCUGGAUUAGUUUUUCAUCAGUACGUGAAAAAUGCUCUUAUUGAUAUGUAUUCAAGGUGCUCUGAUGUUAAAGCGGCAUUGGGAGUUCUUAAGAUGGUUCCAGGUUCCGAUAUUCUUUCGUAUAAUUCUAUAAUCACUGGGUUUUUAGAGAAUGGGCAUUUAAAUGAGGGAUUGGAAGUUUUGAGAGAAAUGGUGGAUGGGUAUUUGGUGAUGGAUGGUUUCACUUAUGUUACUGUCCUUGGACUUUGUGCCGGUUUGAAAGAUUUGAAGUUGGGCAUGCAAAUUCAUAGUCAAAUCUUGAUGAGGGAAGUAGAAAUUGAUGGCUUCGUUGGUAGCUCUCUUAUAGACAUGUAUGGGAGAUGUGGUAAGCUCUUGUAUGCAAAAAGUAUUUUUGAUGUCUUGGAGAAACGGAAUGUGGUACAUUGGACGUCAAUGAUGGCAGCUUAUGCUCAAAAAGGGUGUUUCGAGGAUGCGUUAAUUUUAUUUCUAAAAAUGGAACUUGCAGGUGUUCUGCCUAAUGAAUUCACGUUUGCUGUUAUGUUGAAUUGCUGUGCUGGGUUAUCUGCUUUAAGGAGUGGAGAUUUGUUUAAUUCCCGUGCAGAAAAGUGUGGAUUUAAGGCUCAUUUAAUUUUUGGGAAUGCUCUAAUCAACAUGUAUUCGAAGAGUGGUAGUAUUGAAGAUGCUCAGCGAGUUUUCCUGGAUAUGGGUAACCGAAACAAUGUAACAUGGAAUGCAAUGAUAUCUGGGUAUGCUCAUCACGGACUCGGCAGGCAAGCUCUAGUUGUAUUUCAACAAAUGAUAGCAUCUUUUUGUGUCCCCGACUACAUAACUUUUGUUGGAGUUCUAUCAGCUUGUGGUCAUUUGGGUCUUGUGGAUGAAGGUUUCUAUUAUUUGAACACUUUAAUGGGUAAAUAUAGACUCGUGCCUGGGAUGGAACACUAUACUUGCAUAAUUAGACUUCUCGGAAGAGCGGGGUUACUUGAUGAAGCUGAGAAGUACAUGAAAUCUACCCCUGUCCAGUGGGAUGUGGUUGCUUGGCGUACUUUGCUCAGCGCUUGUCAUGCUCACCAAAAUAUUAGUUUAGGGAAGAGAAUUGCAGAUAUAUUACGAGGGUUGGAUUCCAAUGAUGUUGCAACAUACAUUUUGUUGUGUAAUAUGUAUGCCAAGGCAAAGCGGUGGGAUGAAGUUGCAAAUAUUAAAAAGCUGCUAAGAGGAAGAGGGAUAAAGAAAGAACCUGGGGUUAGCUGGAUACAGGUAAAGAAUAAAACCCACGUUUUUGUUUCUGAAGACAAGAAGCAUUUGGAGUCCAAAAAGAUCCAUCAGAAAGUAGACGAACUGAUAACUCAGAUAAAAAUGUUGGGCUACAUGCCUGACAUUGGUAUUGUGCUUCAUGAUGUUGGAGAUGAACAAAAGGAAGAGCAUCUUAGUUACCACAGUGAGAAGCUGGCUAUAGCUUUUGCUGUAAUAAACACACCCUCAGGAGCACCAAUCCAUGUGAUUAAGAAUCUUAGGAUGUGUGAUGAUUGUCAUAGUGCAGUCAAACUUAUUGCACACGUCACUGAAAGGAAGAUAGUUGUAAGAGAUGCAAACAGGUUCCAUUGUUUUGAAAGGGGGAUUUGUUCUUGUGGGGAUUACUGGUGACAAUCUCAAGAAUAGCAGAGAGGCCAGGCAGCUAUCUAUUGAGAAGCCAUCACACUUAGAUGCUGUCCAGGUCACAGAUACUGGAGAGCAUGCAUGCCUGAAAACAUACUGUUGGGCACUUCAACAUAUUUCUGUUGGCUUAUAUAGAUUUGUUGAACGUAACAGAAGUAGAUGCGAUAUGAGAGAAGGAGGGGAUCCAACAUUCACUCUUCUAUUGAGUGUUUGGAAGAAAAUUUAAGCAGCCAAAAAAAUUUGUCGAGUAUAUUACUGAAGGAGCCCCAUUAUCAAGCAAAUGUGGAUGGUUGCAUUCAGUACCAUGGUCGAAAUCUGGUUCCUAAAAAUUAAGAUGGUUUUUGAAAACGGGGUUCCCUCAAUUUCUAAGAUAAAGAACAGAGUGAUUCAGUUAACUCAUGAAGGGAGUAUAAGAUUGAAGGGGAACAUGUGAAACUCUACUUAAGAUCUACAAAUCCUUAAGAUUUUUAGAAAUUCAAUGUAGGCAUGUUAAAGUUAUCAAAGCUGUGCAAUGCUUUUUCAGAUUACCUCUUCUGCCUCUCUUGUUGCUGUGUUUUGAUGGAGCCUCGAGAGGAAUUCCUUGACUGCCUGUUUAUGGAUAUAUUUGCAGAAAUUGUCAGGGGGAUAUAUUUCUGUAAUUACAUUGCAGAAAUCAAUGCUAUAUUAUUGAAGCCAUUAAAUGGGUUGUAGAGCGUGGAAGAAUGAAUUUUCGUAUUCAGUCAGAUUCUACAGCUGCUAUUAAAGCUUUUAUUACAAGGAAAAUUCCACGGAUUGUGCUGGCUAGAUGGUCAUGACUAGAAAAUAUGCUUCGAUUUUUGGAAUUUAGACAUGGGUUCAGAGAAAAUAUGCUUCGAUAAUCAGCAGAGAAAUAAAUUUCUCUGCUGAUUAUCUGGCCAAGAAAGGUGUUCGAUUAAAUAAAGUCAGCAGAAAACUAGUGGACGGAAAGGAAUUUGGAGAAGCUCUAUAUGGGAGUGUUCAUCAGCCUCAGAGUCAUGCAUAUAUACUUGUCUUUGUUGGCUACUUCCAGGAAAGUGGAGUCGUAUCUUAGUGGAAAGUCAAGCGUAACACUUAAAGAUUUCUUUACGUGCCACGGCGCAUUAUGGAUUUUCUAAUGCGAAAAUCAGUCUUGUAAUCCUGAGAAAGA